CGCUGCUGCCGGACUGGGACGCGCCGGGGCUGGGUGGGGGCGGCUCCCGCGGAGGAGGAGAGGGCAGGCGGCAGGGGCAAAGACGCAGUCGGCGCGCGGGGUCGCUGCGCCCGGUAGAGCAUUGGCAGCAGGAGGAGGAGGAGGAGGAGGAGGAGGGCGAGAGCCGCCAGGCGCUGCCGCGAUGGAGCAGUUAUCAGAUGAAGAACUUGAUCAUGGUGCAGAAGAAGACAGUGAUAAGGAAGACCAGGAUCUGGAUAAGAUGUUUGGGGCCUGGCUUGGGGAGCUAGACAAACUUACACAGAGUUUGGAUACAGAUAAGCCGGUGGAACCAGUAAAGAAAUCGCCUCUUCGUCAGGAAACCAAUCUUGCGAAUUUCUCCUAUCGUUUCUCCAUGUACAAUUUGAAUGAAGCCCUAAAUCAAGGAGAGACUGUGGAUCUGGAUGCCCUCAUGGCUGAUCUUUGUUCCAUUGAGCAGGAGCUCAGCAGCAUUGGGUCCCAGUCAGCAAAUAGUGCUGCAAUGAAACGUCUGGCCACAGAAGCAAAAUCUCAAAAACUACCUGGUCGACCUGCCUCUAAACAUAGCAGUAUAAAAGGAUUAUCCUCAUCUGGUAAGGUUACUAAGCCUCCACAUUCCAAUUUUUCCUUGGAUGACAUCACUGCACAAUUGGAGAAGGCCUCCUUGAGCAUGGAUGAAGCAGCACAGCAGUCUGUAAUUGAAGAUACCAAACCUGUAGUUACUGCUCAGCAUAGGAGGACAGCAUCAGCUGGCACAGUAAGUGAUGCUGAAGUGCGGUCCAUCAGUAACUCAUCCCGCUCCAGCAUCACCUCUGCAGCCUCCAGCAUGGACUCUUUGGAUAUCGAUAAGAUGACAAGACCUCAGGAACUGGAUCUGACACAGCAAGGGCAGCCAGUUACAGAGCAUAAUGUUUCUGGGGGACAUCCUAUGAAGCAGGCCAAGCGUCACAUUGACUUCACAGAAGAGGAGGCUGAGCUGGCUCCUCACUCCUAUCUGGACAGGGAAACCUCCCUCCUUCUGAGAAACAUUGCAGGAAAGCCUUCUCAUUUGCUGACCAAGGAGGAGCAGGCUGCUAAACUGAAAGCUGAGAAGAUCAGGGUUGCUUUAGAGAAGAUUAAAGAGGCACAGGUGAAAAAGCUGGUGAUCAGAGUCCAUAUGUCUGAUGACAGCUCCAAAACUAUGAUGGUAGAUGAGAGGCAGACAGUGAGACAAGUGCUGGACAAUCUGAUGGAUAAAUCCCACUGUGGUUACAGCUUGGACUGGUCACUGGUAGAAACCAUUUCUGAAUUACAAAUGGAGAGAAUCUUUGAGGACCAUGAAAAUUUAGUUGAAAACCUUCUGAACUGGACAAGAGACAGUCAAAACAAACUUAUGUUUGUGGAACGUAUAGAAAAAUAUGCUCUUUUCAAAAAUCCCCAGAACUAUCUGCUGGGGAAAAAAGAAACCUCUGAGAUGGCAGACAGAAACAAAGAGGUGCUGCUAGAGGAAUGUUUUUGUGGAAGUUCUGUAACAGUGCCAGAAAUUGAGGGAGUCCUGUGGCUGAAAGAUGAUGGCAAGAAGUCUUGGAAGAAACGUUACUUUCUUUUGCGAGCUUCUGGAAUCUACUAUGUUCCUAAAGGAAAAGCAAAGGUUUCACGGGAUCUUGUGUGCUUUCUUCAGCUGGAUCACGUCAAUGUUUACUAUGGACAGGACUAUCGGAACAAGUAUAAAGCCCCUACAGACUACUGUUUAGUGCUAAAGCAUCCUCAGAUCCAGAAAAAAUCCCAAUAUAUCAAGUAUCUCUGCUGUGAUGAUGUCAGAACUCUACACCAAUGGAUUAAUGGCAUUCGUAUUGCCAAGUAUGGGAAGCAACUGUACGUGAACUAUCAGGAAGCACUGAAGAGGACUGAAUCAGCGUAUGAUUGGACUUCUCUGUCUAGCUCUAGCAUCAAGUCAGGCUCCAGCUCUUCCAGUUUACCAGAAUCUCAAUCGAAUCACUCUAAUCAAUCUGACAGCGGAGUUUCUGACACCCAGCCAACUGGACAUGUGCGUUCCCAGAGUAUUGUCAGUUCUAUGUUUUCCGAAGCCUGGAAGAGAGGUACUCAGCUAGAAGAGUCCAGCAAGGCCAGAAUGGAGUCUGUGAGCCGGCCCUUCACUUCGCUUGCACCUUCUGUGUCCCCGCAACCAAAAGCAGUUGCCCCAUAUACAGCUUCCCAGCCAUCUCCACCCCUCCCACCACCCCCUCCGCCACCCCCUCCCCCCCCGCCUCCCCCACCUCCGCCCCCACCACCACUUCCCAGUCAGUCUGCACCCUCAGCUGGUUCAGCAGCCACGAUGUUUGUCAAGUACAGCACUAUCACACGGCUGCAGAACGCCUCCCAGCUCUCCAGCUCCCUCUCAAAACCACCCUCCAUGACGCAGCAAAUGCCGCUUCCUCCCCCACCACUGGGAAAGCCCCAGAUGCUGGUGCCCCCCAAUGGAGUCGUUCCACCUCCUCCCCCGCCCCCACCACCUCCGACCCCUGGGUCGGCUAUGGCACAGCUAAAACCAGUGCCCUGCCCCCCAUCAGUGCCACAGUUCAUCCCAUCCCCACCCCCUCUCAAAAUACAUCAGGUACAACCAAAUGUUACUCAGGCUGCCGCUGCUUCUCCACCCCCUCCUCCUCCACCCCCUGUGCCUGCCCCACCACCUCCGCAGGCCCCUCCAAAGCCCAUCAUUACCGCUGUUCCCACACAGACUGGUGCUAAAGCUGCAUCGCCGGUGGUGGUGCACAUCACACCACCUGCACCCAGUCCCCUGCCUCCUGCAAUGAAAAAGCAGCCUAGUUUUACAUCAUCCCAGGUUCCUCCACCCUCACCCAUACCACUGGGGCCCACUCCCCCACCCAUCUUGCCAAAACAGCAGAGUUUCUCUGUUAAACCUCCGCCAUCCCCUCAGUCUCCUGUGCCUUCUGUUGUGAAGCAGAUAGCCAGUCAGUUCCCACCUCCCCCAACCCCACCAGCUUCAGACCCCCCACCUUUAAAGCCUCUCCCACUAAGUGUGGCUCCACAGUCCCCCCCAGCAGUGAAAGCAAAGCCAAAAUGGCAGCCUGCCUCUGCUCCCUCUCCUGAUUUCCCCCCUCCUCCACCAGAGAGCAGCUUAGUAUUUCCCCCACCACCUCCCCCAGCUACCUCUGCAGCUUCUCCCACCCCAAGCAAGACGGGGUCUCCAGUCAAAAAGACCAGCAAGACCUCGAGUCCCGGAGGGAAGAAACCACCUCCAACACCCCAGCGCAACUCCAGCAUUAAAUCUGCCAGCUCAGCCGAAUACCAUGAAUCCAAGAGACCGUCAGUAGACAGCCUUGUCAGCAAAUUUGCACACCCACCAGAGCCUUCGGGAUCUCCUUCCAAAGAGUCUCUGCCGCCUCCUGCAGCUCCUCCAAAGCCAGGAAAGCUCAAUCUUUCUGGGGUAAAUCUGCCGAUUGUCCUUCAGCAAGGAGGCCUUGCAGCAAAAGCACUAGGUGUAGGGGUGUCUGGGAAGGACCCUGUAGUAGAGUUCCCCUCUCCUCCGUCGGAUUCAGACUUUCCACCACCUCCACCUGAAAUUGAUCUUCCUUUUCCACCAGUAGAGAUCCCAGCUGUGUUUUCAGGUAGUACGUCUCCAAAAGUUGCUGUUGUCAAUCCCCAGCCUCAGCCGUGGUCUAAAUCAUCUGUGAAGAAAGCCCCGCCACCCACGCGGCCCAAAAGGAAUGACAGCACUCGGCUUACGCAGGCAGAUAUUGGGGAGCCGCAAGUGAUAGCCAGUCCUCAAGUGCCCACCUCGCCCAAGUCUGGCCUUAGUGUUCAGCCUGGCUUCCUGGCAGACCUAAACAGGACUCUGCAACGAAAGUCCAUCACUCGGCAUGGCUCCCUCUCCUCUUCCCGAAUCUCCAGAACAGAGCCGACUGCCACCAUGGAUGACAUGGUAUUGCCCCCACCCCCACCUGAACUGCUUGCUGACCAGCAGAAGCCUAGUAACUACGGAGGCAGUCAUAUAUCCGGCUAUGCAACAUUACGGAGGGGGCCACCUCCUGCUCCCCCGAAAAGGGAUCAGAACACCAAGCUGUCUAGAGACUGGUAGUCUGUAGGGGAACUGUAUUUUCAGUGACUGCAGCAGUCAGUGCUGCUAUUGGCAAUCUGAUACCUUUUGAGUUGAGAGAGAACGUGCGUGACUCUUGUGAUGGUCACCAACUAUAGCUGAGGGUAACUGUAGACAUUCCUUUUCACAACUAGUCCAAAAAAUUUGAGGGUUUGGGCUUGGUUAUUUGUAGGGUGGGGUGGAGGGUUAUUGUCUGAUCCCUUAUCCUUCAUAUGGAUUGGACCAAAAAAACAAAACAAAAGAAAAAAAACAACCCUUUUCUUACUUUUUUUUUUUCCUGCAUUUAAGAAAAAAGAAAGAUAAAAUUUUUUUGUAGUGUCUGUCCAUGUGAGACACAUUUGUGCAUGUAUAAUAAAUUUAGGUAUAUAAUAUAUUGAUAUAUUUCUUUGCAAUGAUAGAAGAUAACCAGAAUGUUUUUGUGGAUCUGUAUUUAUUGUUUUGGUCAUGCAGUUAUUAGGAUAUGGUCUAUGUAAUUUUAAGAUCAAGACAUAGGGGGCACUUUAAAUCAGCAGAGCAUCUUUUGGCAGUUUGUGACGGGUAAAUGGUACAGAACUGAAGCAGUCUGACAAUAUCUGUAUAUUGUCAGUUGGCUGAAAAAUACAGACACAACGUACCAAAACAUUCUGGUCAUAAUACUACUGAAAAUGAGAACAUUUUAAGCAAACUCAAAAUGGGCUGGAGUGAAAUAUAUUUACACUAAAAAAAGCCUCCCCUUCCAGAUACUUAAAAACCAUUUACAACUCCAAAAUACUGUGUUCUUUAUCUAUGCUGUAAGUGGGAGAAAUGUAUAUUAUUUGAAUCCAGAAUUCUUUCUAAUCACAUAAUAGGCCUGGUAGUUUAUUUUUACGGAUAAAGAGAAAUGAUACAUUCAGCCCUUUUAAAAGCUGCCUGAAGCGCCUGCAAGUUAAUCCACUGUUCCUUAUUUUGCGGCAUUGGGAGGUUCUGAUGCCAGUCAUCAAAGGCUUAAUGAGGGUGAUGUGUUGUGCGAUACAUCAUCAGUGUGCAUGUGCAUCUUUUACUGAAAAUACAGGUACGUUGCUGUAUAGGCGUUUGCUCUUGCUCAUGCAUACACAGUAUCCAGAUUCACUUUAUCCAUGCCUGGUAAGAUGUAUUAUGUUAACAAAAACAGCUGAAGACCUGUAAGGAAAGCCUGGUUUGUCAUCCACUGACAGUUAGCUGGAAGCUUUCUUCACAGAAGAAAUGCGGGGAAAUGGUAAUUUCAGUUCAAGACAGAAUAGUUGGUAUCCUGUUUUCAUUGUCCUUCUACGACUACAGUCAAUGAAUACGCCUAUUAAGUAACAAAUUGCACUUCUGGAAGUCAAGGAAGAUGACUGAAAAAUAUACAAUAUUGGAAUCAGAAAUUUGCUAAUAAUGUAAUUAGAUCCAUGGGGGCUGUAUUAGAAGGAAAGAGACUAUUGUGUUCAGGUUGUUUAUUUAUGUGCUACUGAUUACAGUCACAAGAUUUUAAAAAAUAGAAUUUUUUUCUUGUAAUCCAGUAGUUUGAUUGUGCAAGUCUUACCCAAGUAUCAAUUGUUGUGGUAAUGUUGUAGAGUUAGCUUAAGUGGUCUUGUGUAUCAUGCAUGUACAGUACAGGGUAGUAUAAAAAUCUGUAAAAUAAUGCCAAUAUUUGCGCUGUACCUUAACACGCUCAUUUGUGUGACCCUCCCUGAUGUUCGCUAUAGGGACACUGUCAAAACUGGGAUGGCAAAAUUUUUACUCCCCUCCCCCACCCUUCUUCAAAAUAAGCAGUUAGAAUCUUUUUUCCUGAACUAAAAAAAACUAAGAAAGGAGCCCCCCGAAUUUGCAAGAAAUCCUACAAUAUCACGUGUAUGUCAGACAGAAACUAAGAGAUCAGAGAUGAUGCUUCUGAUUCAGACUUGUAGAUUUAAAUAAGGAGCAUGACAGUGUCCCUCCCCUCCCCCAACUUUUUUUUAUAAAAUGUUUUUAAAACAUCCAAAUAAGAAAGUAAGAGUCUUUGUGAAUAAUUUAUGAACAGGAAAAAGUUGUGCUGAAAAGGAAAGUUCACAAAACAGUAUAUUUACUUAUCUGGUCUUAAAGUGCAUCAUGAAAAGAAAAUGAGCGGUGCUGUCUCUGCUUCAUAUGAUUUUUUAAAAAUCUGUUUCAGCACCUCAGGUGUCUCCUGGAAAUUGUUUUAAUAUGUCAGAUGUGUUUAUUUGAGCAAUAAGAAUAUACCAUUGUGUGCAUUUUAAAGCACUGUUAUGAAAAGGCACUUUUUUUGUAUCUUUCAAAUUGUUCACAAAGUUUUCGUUUCUACUAUUUUUGUGCUUAUAAAGUGUCCUUAAAAGCAUUUGCAUUGUUGAGUUGAAGCAUGCUCAGUGUAGCAGGCUGGUCUCUGAAGUGUUGAGUUGUGCUACAAUUGAUGGGUGCUGUAAUUUUCUACAUUGUUCCUCCUGCUGCUUGUACUGUAUGCGGCCCCUAGGGAUCACAUCUACCAGUGGAGUGACAGACACCAAGCGAAAACCCUAGCUUCCUGGCUUUAGUGAUAGGUUUAGUCUCUCAGGCAUCGAUCAGCAACAUACACCUGGGCUGAUGGAGAGCCUAUUCUCUGGGAGCUUCAUCAGUCAUUUCGUCCUUUCUCUCACUGACUGGUAUGUCAGCCGUGGCACUUUCUCUUGUUCAGUCAAUGUAAGUAGCUCUGGGAUCUGCACUUGGCAGAGGAAUGUCUUGAAUGCAGUUUAUUCAAAGGCAGAUAAGCAUUCUUCUCAUUUCCCUGUGACCAAGUUCAAAUAUCGGCUAUUUCCUGUGGGACCAUCAUCAAUCUAUGCCUACUAAUGCAGGCCACUGAGCAGUUGCUGGAAGGCAGAAAAGAGGACUCCAUGCUUGCAACAGAAAGAGCAGCUGUCAUCGAAGGGACAGGGAGUAAUCCUUCUGUUGUAAGUUAGUUAGUUUUGGGCAAACUGUUGCCUAUUGCAUCUUUGCAGAAAUGUGAAUGCAGCAACUGCUUACAUUUGCACAAUUCCCCUUUGUUUUACUGCUGGACUUCUUGGCUAAGGGAUAAUUGAGUCUUACAACUAGACGUUGCUUUCCAAAUCGUGUCAGUGCAAGUUGUUGGAAUUUUGUUUUAAGAGUCUCCUUUAGUUCUGUGUUUCCAGCAUGUGUGUGCUUGGCAACGCUUGCUUAGGGAUUUAGUGUAUCCAUUCUUCCAUCCAAAACUGGUACACGUAAUGCAGCAAAAACUAGGUGCACAUCUCAUGGAAAAUACUCCAAUGUAUCAAUAAGUUGGCAUAACUGGCUGCCUUUUUUGGAACCUGAGACUUCUGUCAGUAACUUGUUUUCCAGUUUGGCUAGAUAAUGCUUAUGGAAGAUCAUCACUGGGACUGAAAAAGAUAGGGAGAAAAUAGGCAAGGUAGAAGUUAGGAGGGAGGGAGAGGAACACACAAUACUCUCUGCUGGCCCUGUAGAAUUGUGGGCAAAAUUUCAUUUACCUCUUACAGCAGCAGUGAGUAUAUGCAGGAGCUACCAGCUGCAGCCAGGCAGAGAUGGCAACUCUCUAAAAACCCACACAUUGGAACAGUAAAUCCACCCAUUCAGUGAGAAAAGAACUGACAGUGAUGACAAGGGAGAUACCACCAAAAAAAAAAUAGUGACUAUAAAAAUCAUCUCACCACAGCGAGUGCUCAAAGCUGGGAGCAUCAACCUGGCACUUUUGUUCCUGCCUGCUCCUCCAACUAAUAUGAAAGGCAGUUGAGCUGCUGUGCUUUAGCUCCAGAACAGGCCAUGCAGUUCAACCCAUAACGUAUUUACCCAGGAUUUACCUUGCAGUUACUUUGGAACGAAAACCAGGCUUAAACUUCAUAGAAUGUCAGUUCACUACCUAAACCCCAUUUAUAAUCGUGGGCCUUUAAUGCACGAUCAACAUGAUGCUUCUAUUAAUGAUGGAGAAGCAGGUGUCUUGAACUAGUGCACUGUAAACCUGCAUGUUUUUUGCUGAGUUUGUUGUUCCCCCAGUGUGGAUGCAGACAUGUCGCUGAUGUCCCAUGAAAGAAAGUAGAGAACUGACCAUCCUAACACAAGUUCUGGCUCCUCAGUCAUGCUUUACUUGUAGAGUAUGCUUUACCUGUAGAAAUAUCAGGCUUCAUUUUCCUAAAGAUGAACCUUGCAGUAGACUGAUGCAAGUGAAGGAGAUGGUAGCAUUUAACUACUCUAAAUAGAUGCAAAGUCAGUAAGCUAGAGCAUCUUGCCAUUGUAUUUAGUGUACACAAAAUGGGCAUUAGUUAUCGAGCAGCAGGAGAAAAAGGUAGGUGAAACCACCUAAGUUUCAGGACUCAGAGAGUGUAAGUAAUGAAUGCUCUUAUGACAGCUGUUCUGUAUGCAUGUUGUUCUAGCAUUUUGCAUUUAGAACCUGUUUUUUUUUUUCCUGUGUUAGUCUUGUUCUGGUUCAAACUGUUUUCUCCCAUUAAGAGAAGUGAAAGUGCCCUUUCAGCCUCAGAUGAGGAAAGGAAAAUACCAUGUUCUGCUUGUUACUGAAAAAACUGCAAAGAAUCAAAUGACAGUGGUGUUACUGAACCGAAAUGGUUUCUCUCUCCACUGAGGCUGAUACUGCUUUGCUUGUUUCUAUGCAGUCCUGAGGAUGGCAGCCAUGUGUCUAAUAACUAACUAUUCCUUCAUACAUCCAGAGUAACACCAUUGAAAUAAAUGACAACUGCACUGAGAUGCCUCAGAGCAGGAUCUGGGUCUUCAUUUCAGUGGUGAUUGGGGAUGUUGAUCCUGUUGCAGAAUUAGAUUUAAGCCAUUUAAAUUCCAUAGACCUCAAAAGAGCAAAAUUUCUUUUCAGGCUUAGAGAACACUACAAGGCAGACAUGCUGUACUCAGUGCCAAAACCAAUCUGAUCAGUACUCAUGUAAUGAACACAGUCUUAGUCGCUGCUUUAAAAAAUGUAAGAGCCAAAGGCUUAAUGCAUUUGAGUUGGAGUUUUUGUGGUUUGAUUAUUAAAAUGAUUGCAGAAUUUGGUCUUUAAUAUUUCCAUUGGUUGGCUCAUUCCAUCUCCAACUAUAUUAGAAACUAAAUUCAAAACAUAUUUGCAUGUGAAUAACUGUUGCUUCUGAAUUGUCACAAUUCACUAUGUAUGUGUUUUGUGACUUCAGAGCUAUUCAGCAUGCAUAUUUUCCUUUUGUAAAGGCUGAUUGCCCUGAAGUCUCAAUUACUGAGUUUCAGUACUGUAGCACCCAGCAGCAGUAUGCAUUCAAGUUCAAAAGCUAGUCAAAAUAACUGCAGCAACCCCGAUAAUGUUUGGUUGGUUUGUUUUUAAUACUACUUUGAAAACUCAAAUGAUAAGCUAAUGUUCAUAGUAUUUAAAGUGCCCCAUUCCUGUUACACCUAAUACUUUAGAGCAGAAUAGUUUUUAAAUAUACUUUUAAAUGUUAGUUUUCUUUUUUAUACUGGGGCAUUUCCCUCCAACAGAUGAUGAAACGGACAGUCUGUCUCUCUGUUGUUCCACUUCCUGCUUCUCUGCAACUAGGACGUUUCAAAACAGGUUGCAAGCAGUGAGGGGAACAUGAUUUCUGUUCCUUUUGACAGGUCUAAGUUGUUAGAGCCUUUCUGCCUGUGGGAGGUAUCAAAGUUCCCUAAGCCUUUUAUUUAUAAUGCCAACAUUUUGCUCUAUUUCUUCAUUACCAUGUCGCUUUUUAAUUCCUCCUCUGUGAAAAAAACAAGCAAACAAUGCAUUAUGAACAAGCACGGGACAUGCUCAGUGGAAAAAUUACUGUGAGCAGGUACUUGUGUUAUGUAGCUGAUGAUCACCAUCUUAGUCUCUGCUUUGACAAGAGAUGUCUAAAGAAAGAAUAAAACCAUGGAAACCCUCCAUUCCACCUUGCAGAUUUAAAUACGUCACCACUAAAGGGAAAUGGAAAUAGCAGUCCAUCUCGAUUCACACAGGGCCUGAUUUUGAGUGGGACUGAGACUGCCCUGUUCCUGUUGUAGUGAACAGCUGCUGUAGAUUUUCACUGCCUCUUGGGUUUGUAUAACUGGAGGAAAGGUUUUGCAAAGAAUGAGCAGUCAUCAGGACAUGUGCUGAAGCACAAACACCCCGCUGCUUAACGGUGUGCAGCAGAGUAGUAACUACAAGCAAAUUGUCUCAUAUGUAAAUAGUGUAACUGAUGAGGAACUCAUGGUAGUAUUAUUUUAAAGCUCCACUUGGAAAGUAAGAUUGCAACCUAUGUAGUGGAUGCACCAGUGAUUGUGCCAGGUGUUUUAAGACCACCAUGUACUUGUCUUUUACAAAGCAGGAGAUUAGAGCAUUCUCCUCUACGAAGGAGAGUCCUAUCAUCACCACGCUAGCUGUGAUUUCCCACCACUCCACCAAAACUACAGCUUACCAAUUUAGCCUAGAGAAAGCAGGUGUUGCUACAACAGGCACUUGUGGGGUAACAGGCUGAAGGUAAGAUGCAGCUGGACUGAAGAAGCAGCUGACAGCAUACAGUGCCCAUGCGGGCGUUCUGAAAGCGGUGACAGGCUUCAAACUGUCCAGAGUGGAUGUGGUUGCAUAUUUGUAUUUUAAUAAUUAUCUAGACACAAGUCAAAUUGUCAAGGGUAAUUUCAUUCUCUAGUAAGGGAAAAUGAUAAAUCUAGUUUAGCAAAACAAAGUAUCUAAAAAUGUCGCUUUUUCCCAGUUUUGCUGUGUCUGUGCCUGUGUCUAAAGAUUGCCUUUUGCCGACUUGGUGGAUAGUUCAGUAUGUUGCAGUGCUACAAUGUUUGUGUUUUAAGAGAAAACAAAAUGGGGUUGUGUUUCCUGUCUGCUGUUUCAUAUACGUUAUAACUAAAGUUUAGGAGUCUUUUUAUUGAACCACCGUGGAAACAAACAUCGACUGGAACAUCAGUUUGUUCUAUGGCUUACACUAGUCAUUAGCAGCCACUGAUGGUGUCUUUUAAUAAUGGAAAUGCAGAUGUAAGAAAAUAUCAUUACAACAAUUUGUCUGUGCAGCAAGCUUGUGCUAAGUGCUGUAAAUACAUUCAUAUGUUUACUGCUUUAAAAGGAAAAUUGCACAUUUUAUCUUUGAAUGGAACUGCCUCCCCCCCUUCCUCCCUUCCCUUUCCAAAAAAAAAAAUCAAGGUUCAUUUAAACUCUGACAACUUCAGGCUGGGGGGGGGGGGGCUUUACCAUAUUAUAAAUAUAUAUAAAUAUAUGUAUAAAUAUACUUUUUUAAGCAUGGGAGAGGACAAAAGAAAUACUGCAUUAUAAAGUACCUGGUAUAGAUCAUUAUACAAUGGAAUAUGCACAAUUCAAUAAAGAUGUAGUUAACUUUAAA